AUGGGAACAAGAACGGCUUCAUCUGCCGUCGCUGAUGCUUCACCGAGGGGACCUGGUCGCACUCAUUCUACUCGAUCUACCCGUUCAAGUCGGGUUCCCCCUUCUCCCUCCGCUUCAGCGGCCCCAACAGCGCCUGCACCAGCCACGCCCACUGGAACAGGCCCAGGUGCCAACUACAACCAAUCUCACACCCGCCAGCUUUCACACUCACACUCGCAGUCUCAAUCUCGCUCCCAAUCCCAGUCCCUGUCCCAAGCCCAAUCCCAAGCCUACGCCUCCCGUUCUCAUUCUCAUUCCCACUCUCACUCCCGCUCUGCUUCCAACUCACAACAUCCCCCUCAUCAUAGCCAUCAUCAGCGCACUUCUUCUUCCGCCCGAUCUGCUUCGCAAAAUGACUACGAAUCCUCACGCUUAGCCGAGAACCCAACCCAUCAACGAAGCUCGAGCAAGAACGACCGACACCCUCCCCCGGCCAGGGGCCCCGAUCCCUCGAGGGCCCAUAGACGGAGCUCUUCUCGUUCAAAAAACAAUCACCAAACCCCUCAAACCGAUAUGGCUCCUUCCGCCAGCGCCCCCAGCAACGGGGCCAGUAACGCAAACGCACCUCCUCCGAGCAAUCAUGCUGACGCGCCACCCCGCGCUUCAACCUCCAAACACGCGAGAUCACGUACGGUUAUUCCAACGCAAUCUGGAAAAUGGAUGCUAGGCAAAACCAUUGGUGCUGGUAGCAUGGGCAAGGUCAAGCUCGCCCGCAAGGAGGACGGCAGCGAACAAGUAGCAUGUAAAAUUAUUCCUCGUGGUUCGACCGACGAUAAUCACCAGUCUCGCGCCGACAAAGAGCGUGCCGAUCAAUCCAAGGAAAUCCGAACCGCUCGUGAAGCCGCCAUUAGCACCCUCCUGAACCAUCCCCACAUCUGUGCUCUUCACGAUGUUGUCCGUACAAACCACCAUUGGUAUAUGCUUUUCGAAUAUGUCAACGGUGGCCAAAUGCUCGAUUACAUCAUUUCUCAUGGCAAACUUAAGGAGAAACAAGCCCGGAAAUUUAGCAGGCAGAUCGCAAGUGCUUUAGACUACUUGCACAGGAACAGCAUCGUACACCGAGAUCUCAAGAUCGAAAACAUUCUUAUCAGCAAGACAGGCGAUAUCAAGAUUAUCGAUUUUGGUCUCAGUAACCUCUUCGCUCCUCGGGGUCACCUCAAGACAUUCUGUGGAAGUUUAUACUUCGCUGCGCCUGAAUUACUGCAGGCCAGAGCUUACACCGGCCCCGAAGUCGAUGUCUGGAGUUUCGGUAUUGUUCUUUAUGUCUUAGUUUGCGGUAAAGUGCCAUUCGACGACCAAAGCAUGCCCGCGCUCCAUGCCAAGAUCAAGAGAGGUCUUGUCGAUUAUCCCGCAUGGUUAUCAAGCGAGUGCAAACAUUUAUUGUCCCGGAUGCUCGUCACGGACCCUAAGCAACGAGCUACAAUGCAGGAAGUCUUGACGCACCCGUGGAUGGCUAAGGGCUUCAACGGUCCUCCCGACAAUUACCUGCCCAACCGUGAACCGUUGACCGCACCUUUGGAGCCAGAGGUUAUCCUUGCCAUGCAAGGCUUCAACUUUGGCACACCUGAAAGUAUCAAUGCACAGCUCACCAAAAUCAUCGAGUCGGAGGAGUACCAGCGUGCGAUCAAGCUCUACCAAAGAGAGAAGGAUCUCCCCCCACCUGCGAAGGAUGCUGAGAAGAGAAGACCAUUUGGCUUCGACUUUUAUAAGCGCAGGAAUUCUGGCAACAGUCGUGAUACCUUGUCGGCCCCCAGUUCUGAGGCACUUUCGAUCGGCAAUGAUCCCAUGAAUGCAUUCAGUCCUCUAGUAUCCAUCUACUACCUCGUCAAGGAGAAGCAGGACCGUGACCACGCUGAUAUGGUUCCGCCACCAGCAUCACAAUCGCGAGACAAAGAGAAGGAGAAGGAGAAGGAACGAGAAAGAAGGGAGGAGAAAGACCGUGAACGAGAGCGAGAGAAAGAGAAGGAAAAGAACAGGGAACGUGAGGCCCGCGAGAAGGAGAAGGAGAAGGAGAAGGCAAAGGAGCCCGAAUCCUUGCCAGAACUUGCAGCACCUCCAGCUGCCCACACCAACUCUUCCGCCUAUGAGAUGCCUGGCGAAAAGCCCACUGGCGGACGCAGCAGACCUCGUGCAAGGACACAUGGCGAAGACGACAUGCCAGAGCCGCCGAAGCAGACACCUGCACCACCCCCUGAACCAAGAGCCGAGCAUGUUCAGAAGAAGGAGGGGACUGCGGCCGGUAUUCUGCGUCGUUUCAGCACACGCAAGCGUAGGGAGCCUGAGCGUCUGGACAAAGAUCGAUCGCAUCCUCCUGUGGUACAGGUUCACUCACCAGCUGAACCUUCACCACUCGCCCCACGAAAGAGUUUCAGCAUCCGUCGUGGCCGACGUGACCGAGAAGAUGCGUCCGACUCGCAAAACCGUUCCGGCAGUAGUCAGCGUCAGCACGGUGAACUCCUCAGCCCACCCAUGUCUGCUGGCGGCACUAGGGAGAGGCGAGGAAGCGCUUUGGGACGAUCGACCAGUGUUAAUUCGGCAGAGAUGAGGCGACGAAAGGAACCCCCCGCAACCAGCGGAUCUGACCAAUCUGUGGCGCAUGAAGAAGCCUCUGGCUCGCACCGCACCCAUGGACAUUCUCGUUCUGUGAGCCUGAGGGCCAAGUCUAUUGGUCAUGCCAGAAGGGAAAGCAUCCAGCAACGCCGCCAGAGGAGAGAGGCUGCUCAGGAGGCCAACGUACCUGAAGAAACAGAUCAGGAAUUGGAGCAGAGCGGUGUGUCGACCGAACGAUUAGAUGACACUGAACUAUCCAAGCCAGUCUUCCUCAAGGGUCUCUUCAGUGUGUCGACGACAUCAGGCAAAUCGGUACCCACCAUUCGAACUGAUAUUAAGCGAGUACUGAAGCAAUUGAAUGUCGAUUACACUGAAAUCAAGGGUGGAUUCAGGUGUCGUCAUUCACCCAGUAUCGAUCUUAACAAGGUGCAAGAUCCACCCAUGAGCCCUGGGUCGACCCCCGGCCACAAACGACGUUUCAGCUUUGGCGGUCUUAUGAGGGGAGAUGAUCGCGAUCGGGAUGACUUCCGUGACUCAGACCGACCUCCUACAACACCGCGAACACCAGGGCGCUCUGAUCGAGAUCGCAGCUUCUCGAACUCCGAGACCUCGUUUGACAGUAACUCUGGCAGAAACAACGGGGGACCAUCUCGACAGAUUCCAGGAGAGACGAGCACGCAAGUGCAGAGCGAUCUUGGAGGAAGCAUGGUAUUGGAAUUCGAGAUUUUUAUCGUCAAGGUGCCACUGCUAUCGCUGCAUGGAAUCCAAUUCAAGCGCAUGGCAGGCAACACAUGGCAGUACAAGAGUAUGGCCGAUCAAAUUCUUCGAGAACUGAGGCUAUAA